UAAAAAAGAGCGUGGCGGUCUGCCUUCUCUGAGAGUCCUCGGGAAACGACCCUGCCACCGAGCCAGCGCGGACCCGGAGAGCUUCGGCGGCGGGAAGAGCUUCGGCACCGGGGUGCACACUCGGCACCAUGGCCCAGACGCCCGCUUUCAACAAACCCAAAGUAGAACUGCACGUCCACCUGGAUGGGUCCAUCAAGCUAGAAACCAUCUUAUACUAUGCCAAGAAGAGAGGCGUCACCCUCCCGGCAGAUACAGUGGAGGGGCUGCGCGACAUCAUCGGCAUGGACAAGCCCAUUUCUCCUGGCUUCCUGGCCAAGUUUGAUUACUACAUGCCUGUUAUUGCGGGCUGCAGGGAGGCCAUCAAAAGGAUCGCCUAUGAGUUUGUGGAGAUGAAGGCAAAGGAAGGCGUGGUGUACGUGGAAGUACGCUACAGCCCACACCUGCUGGCCAACUCCAAAGUGGACCCAAUCCCCUGGAACCAGGCUGAAGGGGACCUCACCCCUGAUGAGGUUGUGGAUCUUGUGAACCAGGGCCUGCAGGAGGGAGAACAAGCAUUCGGGGUCAAGGUCCGGUCCAUACUGUGCUGUAUGCGCCACCAACCCAACUGGUCCCUUGAGGUGCUGGAACUGUGUAAGAAGUACCAUCAGAAGACUGUGGUGGCCAUCGACCUGGCUGGUGAUGAGACCAUCCAAGGAAGUAGCCUCUUCCCAGGCCACGUGCAAGCCUAUGAGGGGGCUGUGAAGAGUGGCAUUCACCGCACUGUCCAUGCUGGGGAGGUUGGCUCUGCUGAGAUUGUGCGAGAGGCUGUGGACACGCUCAAGACCGACAGGGUAGGACACGGCUACCACACACUGGAGGACGAGGCCCUCUACAAGAGGCUACUGCAAGAAAACAUGCACUUUGAGGUCUGUCCCUGGUCCAGCUAUCUCACAGGCGCCUGGGAUCAAACGGAGCAUGCAGUUGUUCGGUGAGAUCUGCUUCAAGAAGACCAGGCCAACUAUUCACUCAACACAGAUGACCCCCUCAUCUUUAAGUCCACCCUGGACACUGACUACCAGAUGACCAAACGAGACAUGGGCUUCACUGAGGAAGACUUCAAGCGACUGAACAUCAAUGCAGCCAAGUCAAGCUUCCUCCCCGAGGAAGAGAAGGAGCUUCUGGAACGACUGUACCGAGAAUACCAAUGGCCACCAGAGGCUGAAGGUACACCUACCUCGGGGAGGUCCUUUGGGGAGCGGGGGCCAGCGCUGAGAAUUAGUGAGGCCUGCCUGGCUUCUGGGUGCAGCUGUCAGUCAGCCUCUUGUCAGGGAGGCUGUUUCCUGAGCGGUGACUACUGUCUGGACAGGCUUCCUGCAGAUACUCCCAACCAUCAUGGUAGCCUGAGGUUAUCGCCGUGGCUGUGUGAGGAUGGGGUGGGGAAGGGCUCAUCACGUGAGGAGUUACACUGCCUCACUACAGGACAGAGGGGCAGUGGAACCCUGCCGGCUGAAGAUGUUGGGGGUACAAAGCCCAGGUGGGCAUUUGGUGAUUAA